ACAUGGUGGAUACCCAGCUCCUCGCAUGGCCGAUGGGCUUCAGUGUGACCCCUGUAAACCUGGAGGAGCUUGAUGACAGUUCUCACUCUCUGGAUAUGAAACCAUUCACCACCCUGGACUACACUAGCCUGGACUACGAACACGGACCCACCAGCUCCAGACCCAGACCCACCCAGGCCCACCACUACCAAGCCAGCCCCAGCCCCAGACCCAGACCCACCCAGGCCCACCACUACCAAGCCAGCUACAGCCCCAGUCACCUCAGCCCUAGACCUGGCCAGGGUUACCAGCCCUGCCCCAGCCCUAGUCACCUCAGCCCUAGACCUGGCCAGGGUUACCAGCCCUGCCCCAGCCCUGGCUCCAGCCCUGACCUGGGCCACCACCUCACAUACAUGGACUACAUGUACAACCACAGCCAGGUUCAAGAGGGACACGGUGAGACCUGUGUGUGGGUUAGGGUUAGCCUAACCCUAACCCUAACCCUAACCCUAAAUAUAACAAACACAACAACAUCUAUUCUAUAUGAAUGUGCAUGUUGUGUGACCCUGCUCUGUCUGUGUGUCAGUGUGUCUGUCUGUUCUGUCCCUCAGGCUGUAUAAAGCUCUGUGUCUGUUCUGUCCCCCAGGCUGUAUAAAGCUCUGUGUCUGUUCUGUCCCCCAGGCUGUAUAAAGCUCUGUGUCUGUUCUGUCCCCCAGGUUGUAUAAAGCUCUGUGUCUGUUCUGUCCCUCAGGCUGUAUAAAGCUCUGUGUCUGUUCAGUCCCCCAGGCUGUAUAAAGCUCUGUGUCUGUUCUGUCCCUCAGGCUGUAUAAAGCUCUGUGUCUGUUCUGUCCCUCAGGCUGUAUAAAGCUCUGUGUCUGUUCUGUCCCUCAGGCUGUAUAAAGCUCUGUGUCUGUUCUGUCCCUCAGGCUGUAUAAAGCUCUGUGUCUGUUCUGUCCCCCAGGUUGUAUAAAGCUGGAGCCAGAGUCUCCUUCCCAGUACUCAGACAGCAGUCCUCUCUACUCCAAGCUACAGGACGACGCCACAGCUUCCCUACUCAACAUAGAGUGUAGAGUCUGUGGAGAUAAAGCUUCUGGCUUCCACUACGGAGUCCAUGCCUGUGAAGGGUGUAAGGUACGACUACUGUGAGUGUGUGUGUGUGAGUGUGUGUGAGAGUGUGUGUGUGUGUGUGUGAGAGUGUGUGAGUGUGUGUGUCCCCUUAUUCUCCUUUGUUAACCUGUGUGGUCUAACCCAACCUCACCUCACCUAACCUCACCUCACAUAACCUCACCUAACCUAACCUCACCUAACCUAACCUCACCUCACCUCACCUAACCUCACCUAACGUCACCUAACCUCACCUAACCUCACCUAAAUUCACCUAAGCUAACCUCACCUCACCUAACCUAACCUCACCUCACCUCACCUCACCUCACCUAACCUAAACUAACCUCACCUAACCUAACCUCACCGAACCACACCUCACACCCUAAAGUGGGUUAAAUUCAUGCAGACAGACAGACAGGGUCAAAGGUUGCCUGCUCUCAACCAAGUGAAACAUUUCUUACACUUCAUGUGUGUCUGUCUGUCACUUUAACCACAACUCAUAGAUGACUUCCUUCCCCCAUUCUGCUCUGAGUAGCACAGCCUGCAAUGGCAGAACAUUCUAGACAGACUGACACAACGUCUCUGAAUAAAAAUAAUCAUACGAAGGGCGACCAGAGGUGUGAGGCAUAUUUCCACUGUUCAUUCUCUGAAACAGAUCUUAUCUUCCGAUAAAUAUUUGGUCGCUUUCAAGAAAACAUAAAUGUGUUUACAGUCAUUCAUGUAUCAAUACACUGUGCCAGUCAGUGUGGUUAGCAGUGUGUGUAUCUACUGGAAGGCAGAAUGUUAGCAGUGUGUGUAACUACUUCAAAGCAGAGUGUUAGCAGUGAGUCAGUAGUCAUUGUUCUGUUGUCUUGUGAUACGUUAGUACUAGGAUCAGGAUAGAAGCCAGGAGCUGCUGGGGUCAGCCAACCAGGGUCAGACGUUUAAAACAUUAUUUAUUGAGGUGGAGCCUCAGUCUCUCCCCAGUUUCCUCUUUCUAUGUUGGGUCCUUGAAAAUCACUAUAUAAAUACCAGGUAUUAUAAUUAUAAUUAUACUUUUAUUAUUGGUUAGGGAGUCAAUAUACAGGCUAGAUACAGGGUUAGGGUUAGGGAGUCAAUAUACAGGCUAGAUUUAGGGUUAGGGAGUCAAUAUACAGGCUAGAUACAGGGGGUACCGGUACAGAGUCAAUAUACAGGCUAUAUACAGGCUAUAUACAGGGGGUACCGGUACAGAGUCAAUAUACAGGCUAUAUACAUGGGUACCGGUACAGAGUCAAUAUACAGGCUAUAUACAGGGGUACCAGUACAGAGUCAAUAUACAGGCAUAUACAGGCUAUAUACAGGGGGUACCAGUACAGAGUCAAUAUACAGGCUAUAUACAGGCUAUAUACAGGGGGUACCAGUACAGAGUCAAUCAUAUAUACAGGCUAUAUACAGGGAGGUACCGGUACAAGUCAUAUACAGGCUAUAUACAGGGGGUACCAGUACAGAGUCAAUAUACAGGCUAUAUACAGGCUAUAUACAGAGGGGUACAGUACAGAGUCAAUAUACAGGCUAUAUAGGUACCGUCAGAUCAUAUACAGGCUAUAUACAGGGGUACCGUACAGGUCAUAUACAGGCUAUAUACAGGCUAUAUACAGGGGGUACCAGUACAGAGUCAAUAUACAGGCUAUAUACAGCUAUAUACAGGGGUACCGGUACAGAGUCAAUAUACAGGCUAUAUACAGGGGGUACCAGUACAGAGUCAAUAUACAGGCUAUAUACAGCUAUAUACAGGGGUACCGUACAGAGUCAAUAUACAGGCUAUAUACAGGCUAUAUACAGGGGGUACCGUACGAGUCAAUAUAUUACAGGCUAUAUACAGGGGGUACCAGUACAGAGUCAAUAUACAGGCUAUAUACAGCUAUAUACAGGGGGUACCGGUACAGAGUCUUCACUAUAUACAGGCUAUAUACAGGCUAUAUACAUAAGGGGGUACCAGUACAGAGUCAAUAUACAGGCUAUAUACAGCUAUAUACAGGGGUACCAGUACAGAGCAUUUUAACAGGCUAUUACAGGCUACGGUACUAAAGGAAGGUAGCGGCAGGUAGCUUAGUGGUUAAGAGCGUUGUGCCAGUAACCGAAAGGUCGCUGGUUCUAAUCCCCGAGCCGACUAGGUGAAAAAUCUGCCGAUGUGCCCUUGAGCAAGGCACUUAACCCUAAUUGCUCCUGUAAGUCGCUCUGGAUAAGAGCGUCUGCUAAAUGACUAAAAUGUAAAUGUAAAUGUACCGGUACAGAGUCAAUAUACAGGCUUUUUACAGGGGGUACCAGUACAGAGUCAAUAUACAGGCUAUAUACAGGGGGUACCGGUACAGAGUCAAUAUACAGGCUAUAUACAGGGGUACCGGUACAGAGUCAAUAUACAGGCUAUAUACAGCUAUAUACAGGGGGUACCGGUACAGAGUCAAUAUACAGGCUAUAUACAGGGGGUACCAGUACAGAGUCAAUAUACAGGCUAUAUACAGCUAUAUACAGGGGGUACCGGUACAGAGUCAAUAUACAGGCUAUAUACAGGGGGUACCGGUACAGAGUCAAUAUACAGGCUAUAUACAGGCUAUAUACAGGGGGUACCAGUACAGAGUCAAUAUACAGGCUAUAUACAGCUAUAUACAGGGGGGUACCGGUACAGAGUCAAUGUGCGGGGGCACCGGUUAGUCGAGGUAAUUAAGGUAAUAUGUACAUGUACUGUAGGUAAAGUUAAAGUGACUAUGCAUUGAUAAUAAACAGAGAGUAGCAGCAGUGUAAAAGAUGGGGUGGGGGGACAAUGCAAAUAGUACAGGUAGCCCUUUGAUUAGCUGUUCAGGAGGCUUAUGGCUUCGGGGUAGAAGCUGUUAAGAAGCCUUUUGGACCUAGACUUGGUGCUCCGGUACCGCUUGCUGUGCGGUAGCAGAGAGAACAGUCUAUGACUUGGGUGGCUGGAUUCUUUGACAAUUUUUAGGGCUUCCUCUGACACCGCCUGGUAUAGAGGUCCUGGAUGGCAGGAAGCUUGGCCCCAGUGAUGUACCCUCUGUAGUGACUUGCGGUCGGAGGCCAAGCAGUUGCCAUACCAGGCGGUGAUGCAACCAGUCAGGAUGCUCUCGAUGGUGCAGCUGUAUAACUUUUUGAGGAUCUGAGGACCCAUGCCAAAUCUUUUCAGUCUCCUGAGGGGGAAUAGGCAUUUGUUGUGCCCUCUUCAUGACUGUCUUGGUGUGUUUGGACCAUGAUAGUUUGUUGCUGAUGUGGACACCAAGGAACUUGAAGCUCUCAACCUGCUCCACUACAGCCCCGUCGAUGAGAAUUGGGGCGUGCUCAGUCCUCUUUUUCCUGUAUUCCACAAUCAAGGAGCUGAUCGUGGACUUCAGAGGGAGCAUGCCCCUAUCCACAUCGACGGGACCGCAGUGGAGAAGGUGAAGUGCUUCAAGUUCCUUGGCGUACACAUUACUGACAAUCUGAAAUGGUCCACCGACACAGACAGUGUGGUGAAGAAGGCUCAACAGCGCCUCUUCAACCUCAGGAGGCUGAAUAAAUUCAGUUUGGCCCUAAGAACCUCACAAACCUUUACAGAUGCACAAUUCAGAGCAUCCUGUCAGGCUGUAUCACCGCCUGGUACAACAACUGCACCGCCCGCAACCGCAGGGCUCUCCAGAGGGUGGUGCGGUCUGCCCAACACAUCACCGGGGGCACAGUGUCUGCCCUCCAGGACACCUACAGCACCCGAUGUCACAGGAAGGCCAAAAAGUUCAUCAAGGACAUCAACCACCCGAGCCACGGCCUGUUCACCCCGUUAUCUUCCAGAAGGCGAGGUCAGUACAGGUGCAUCAAAGCUGGGACCGAGAGACUGAAAAACAGCUUCUAUCUCAAGGCCAUCAGACUGUUAAAUAGCCAUCACUAGCUGGCGACCACACGGUUACUCAACCCUGCACCUUAGAGGCUGCUACCCUAUGUACAUAGACAUGGAAUCACUGGUUACUUUAAUAAUGGAACACUGGUACCUUUAAUAAUGUUUACAUACUGCUUUACUCAUUUCAUAUGUACAGUGAGGGAAAAAAGUAUUUGAUCCCCUGCUGAUUUUGUACGUUUGCCCACUGACAAAGAAAUGAUCAGUCUAUAAUUUUAAUGGUAGGUUUAUUUGAACAGUGAGAGAGAGAAUAACAACAACAAAAUCCAGAAAAACGCAUGUCAAAAAUGUUAUAAAUUGAUUUGCAUUUUAAUGAGGGAAAUAAGUAUUUGACCCCCUCUCAAUCAGAAAGAUUUCUGGCUCCCAGGUGUCUUUUAUACAGGAACGAGCUGAGAUUAGGAGCACACUCUUAAAGGGAGUGCUCCUAAUCUCAGUUUUUUACCUGUAUAAAAGACACCUGUCCACAGAAGCAAUCAAUCAAUCAGAUUCCAAACUCUCCACCAUGGCCAAGACCAAAGAGCUCUCCAAGGAUGUCAAGGACAAGAUUGUAAACCUACACAAGGCUGGAAUGGGCUACAAAACCAUCGUCAAGCAGCUUGGUGAGAAGGUGACAACAGUUGGUGCGAUUAUUCCCAAAUGGAAGAAACACAAAAGAACUGUCAAUCUCCCUCGGCCUGGGGCUCCAUGCAAGAUCUCACCUCGUGGAGUUGCAAUGAUCUUGAGAACGGUGUGGAAUCAGCCCAGAACUACACGGGAGGAUCUUGUCAAUGAUCUCAAGGCAGCUGGGACCAUAGUCACCAAGAAAACAAUUGGUAACACACUACGCAGUGAAGGACUGAAAUCCUGCAGCGCCCGCAAGGUCCCCCUGCUCAAGAAAGCACAUAUACAGGCCCGUCGGAAGUUUGCCAAUGAACAUCUGAAUGAUUCAGAGGAGAACUGGGUGAAAGUGUUGUGGUCAGAUGAGACCAAAAUGGAGCUCUUUGGCAUCACCUCAACUCGCCGUGUUUGGAGGAGGAGGAAUGCUGCCUAUGACCCCGAGAACACCAUCCCCACCGUCAAACAUGAAGGUGGAACCAUUAUGCUUUGGGGGUGUUUUUCUGCUAAGGGGACAGGACAACUUCACCGCAUCAAAGGGACGAUGGACGGGGCCAUGUACCGUCAAAUCUUGGGUGAGAACCUCCUUCCCUCAGCCAGGGCAUUGAAAAUGGGUCGUGGAUGGGUAUUCCAGCAUGACAAUGACCCAAAACACACAGCCAAGGCAACAAAGGAGUGGCUCAAGAAGAAGCACAUUAAGGUCAUGGAGUGGCCUAGCCAGUCUUCAGACCUUAAUCCCAUAGAAAAUCUGUGGAAGGAGCUGAUGGUUUGAGUUGCCAAACGUCAGUCUCGAAACCUUAAUGACUUGGAGAAGAUCUGCAAAGAGGAGUGGGACAAAAUUCCUCCUGAGAUGUGUGCAAACCUUGUGGCCAACUACAAGAAACGUCUGACCUCUGUGAUUGCCAACAAGGGUUUUGCCACCAAGUACUAAGUCAUGUUUUGCAGAGGGGUCAAAUACUUAUUUCCCUCAUUAAAAUGCAAAUCAAUUUAUAACAUUUUUGACAUGCGUUUUUCUGGAUUUUUUUGUUGUUGUUAUUCUGUCUCUCACUGUUCAAAUAAACCUACCAUUUAAAAUUAUAGACUGAUCAUGUCUUUGUCAGUGGGCAAACGUGCAAAAUCAGCAGAGGAUCAAAUACUUUUUUCCCUCACUGUAUAUAAUGUUUCUAUUCUACUGUAUUUAGUCAAUGGCACUCCAACAUUGCUCAUCCUAAUAUUUCUAUAUUUCUUAAUUGCAUUAUUUUACUUUUAUAUUUGUGUGUAUUUGUAUUUAUAUUUGUAUUUAUUAAGGAUCCCCAUUCCCACUCUUCCUGGGGUCCUGCAACAUUAAGGCAGUUAUAUACAAUUUAAAACUAUAUUAUAUUUCAUAACACUUUACCCAAUCCAUUUAGUGUGUUCCCUCAGGCCACUACUCCACUAUCACAUGUUUACAAUACAACAUCCAUGUUUACGUGUGUGUAGAGUGAAUGUCUAUAUGUAUGUGUGUAUGUACCUGUGUGUGUGUCUCUUCACAGUCCCCGCUGUUCCACAAGGUGUAUUUUUACCUGUUUUUUAAAUCGGAUUUAACUGCUUGCAUCAGUUACCUGAUGUGGACCUGCCUUGUUAAUAGUGUUGUUAAGAAGGCAGAGCAGCGCUUAAUUAUGGACAUACUUCUCCCCAUCUUAGCUACUGUUGUAUCAAUAUGUUUUGACCAUGACAGUCUACAAUCCAGGGUUACUCCAAGCAGUUUAGUCACCUCAACUUGCUCAAUUUCCACAUUAUUCAUUACGAGAUGUAGUUGAGGUUCAUGGUUUAUUGAAUGAUUUGACCCAAAUACAAUGCUUUUAGUUUUGGAAAUAUUCAGAACUAACUUAUUCCUUGCCACCCAUUCCGAAACUAACUGCAACUCUUUGUUAAGUGUUGCAGUUAUUUCAGUUGCUGUAUUAGCUGAUGUGUAUAGUGUUGAGUCAUCUGCAUACAUAGAGACACUGGCUUUACUCAAAGCCAGUGGCAUAUUGUUAGUAAAGAUGGAAAAAAGCAAGGGGCCUAGACAGCUGCCCUGGGGAAUUCCUGAUUCUACCUGGAUUAUGUUUGAGAGGCUUCCAUUAAAGAACACCCUCUGUGUUCUGUUAGACAAGUAACUCUUUAUCCACAUUAUAGCAGGGGGUGUAAAGCCAUAACACAUAAGUUUUUCCAGCAACAGACUAUGAUCGAUAAUGUCAAAAGCCACACGGAAGUCUAACAAAACAGCCCCCACAAUCUUUUUAUCAUCAAUUUCUCUCAGCCAAUCAUCAGUCAUUUGUGUAAGUGCUGUGCUUGUUGAAUAUCCUUUUCUAUAAGCAUGUUGUCAAUUUGUUUACAGUAAAAUAGCAUUGUAUCUGGUCAAACACAUUUUUUUUCAAUAGUUGACUAAGGGUUGGUAACAGGCUAAUUGGUCAGCUGUUUGAGCCAGUAAAGGGGGCUUUACUAUUCUUAGGUAGCGGAAUGACUUUUGCUUCCCUCCAAGCCUGGGGGCACACACUUUCUAGUAGGCUUAAAUUGAAAAUAUGGCAAAUAGGAGUGGCAAUAUCGUCCGCUAUUAUCCUCAGCAAUUUUCCAUCCAAGUUGUCAGACAACAAUAAUUUGUUCACCUCUUCCACACUCACUUUACGGAAUUCAAAAUUACAACGCUUGUCUUUCAUAAUUUGGUCAGAUAUACUUGGAUGUGUAGUGUCAGCAAUUGUUGCUGGCAUGUCACACCUAAAUUUGCUAAUGAUUUCUCAAUUUACAGUACGUUUGUCAAUCGGUUGUGCAGUCAGACCUAUUUGCCAUUCCUUUUGCCUCAUCCCUCUCAACCAUACAAUUUCUCACUUCCUCAUCAAUCCACGGGGAUUUAACAGUUUUUACAGUCAAUUUCUUAAUUGGUGCAUGCUUAUUAGUAACUGGAAUAAGCAAUUUCAUAAAUGUGUCAAGUGCAGUGUAUGUUUGUGUCAGAAGCGACGUGUAUGUGGUGAGUGAAGUCAAGCGCAGGACACAGAGAUACUAGCAGACGUACUUUACUAAUAGAGAUACUAGCAGACGUACUUUACUAAUAGAGAUACUAGCAGACGUACUUUACUAAUAGAGAUACUAGCAGACGUACUUUACUAAUAGAGAUACUAGCAGACGUACUUUACUAAUAGAGAUACUAGCAGACGUACUUUACUAAUAGUAAAGAACAAAACAAAACCUCUGAACCGGGAGGAAAAACACAACACACGUAACGCGAUGCCAAUACCGCCUAGACACAAACAAUAACACACAAAUACCAAACGUGAGACAUGGGUAAAUAUAGGAUCUACAAUCAAACAUAAUAGACAACAGGUGUAACCACUCAAGACAGAACAAGACAAACACCGAUCGGCAGUAGCUAGUACUCCGGGGACGAUGAACGCUGAAGCCUGCCCGAGCAAGGAGGAGGAGCAGCCUCGGCAGAAUCCGUGACAGUUUGCUCCUCAUUACACACCACGGACCAACAAAUAUUCAACAACAUAGGAAUCACUACAAAACUUAUUGUAUGACCUCUUAUACACAAUAUUAGGCCCAGCCUUUGGAGCUUUGGUUUUCCUAGAUAUGUAUUGAAUUAAUUGUUAGAUAUUACUGCAUUGUUGGAGCUAGGAACACAAGCAUUUCGCUACACCCACAAUAACAUUUGCUAAAUAUGUGUAUGUGACCAAUACAAUUUGAUUUGAUUUGAUUUUGUGGUCCUCUGUAGCUCAAUUGGUAGAUCAUUGCACUUGUAACGCCAGAUAGUGGGUUCAAUUCCCGGGACCACCCAUACGUAAAAAUGUAUGCACACAUGACUGUAAGUCGCUUUGGAUAAAAUUGUCUGCUAAAUGGCAUAUUAUAUUAUUAUUAUUAUUUUGAUUUGGUUUUACAUGGUCAAAAUACUGACAGCUCUUAUGUAAAAAGAUCAAUCACUGAAUAAGACACCCAUAUAUAUUUGCAUUUGCUCGACAUACUGAAAUAAAUAAAUCUUAACAUAUUGCUCCACUUUUCCCAAGACAAAAAUAACAUUUGGUGUAUCAUUGUACUGCAAGAAAUACUUAAUUCUGCAGGAGUUAAUUUCAUAUUCGGCUAUAUGUGAGAUGUUAUAGGCAUGUCAGUGUCUGCAUUUCAGGUAGUAUUCCAUUUAACCCAUCUCAAAGGUAUCAUUUUAGCGCUCUCAUUUGCUGGCAAAGUAAACGUGUUAUGUGAUACUGUAUAUUAGUAUCUCACAAUAUUACAAUAUUACACAAUAAACAAGUCAUUCACAAUAAUACUCAAAGUAGCCAUAGUAAUAGAGACAGUCUUUCAAUGUCAAAUAUUUAAGUAGGCAUAGUAAUAAACUCAGUUUAUUUGUUGUGAAGAUACAGGAUAGUUCACACUUAAAUAGUAGCCAUACAGACAGUAAUGGCAGUGUAGUACAAUACAAGGAAUACUUGUACAGUUGGUGCAGUAGAGGCAACAGUGGUGUGGCUGUAGAGAUGUGCAGAGUCAUCUUCAGACAGGAACAUGGAGAGAAUAAAUAAUGGAAAUGUUUAGUCUGCUUCUCCCAACACCCUGCAGCACCCCUGGCUGGAGAGCAAUUGUGGGGGUUAAGUGCCUUGCUCAAGGGUACAAUGGCACAGUGUCGUCCUGGGCUUGAAUCAUUGUAGUCAUUCAGUGGUCCCGUAAUAGCCUAUCCCUAGAGCAGUGUUUCCUGAUCCUGGUCCUAGGCACCCAAAGGGGUGCACAUUUUCACCUUAGCACUACAUUUACAUUUACAUUUACGUAAUUUAGCAGACGCUCUUAUCCAGAGCGACUUACAAAUUGGUGCAUUCACCUUAUAGCCAGUGGGAUAACCACUGGGGGGGGGGGGGGGGGGGGGGGGGGGGGUAGAAUGAUUACUUUAUCCUAUCCCAAGUAUUCCUUAAAGAGGUGGGGUUUCAAGUGUCUCCGGAAGGUGGUCAGUGACUCCGCUGUCCUGGCGUCGUGGGGGAGCUUGUUCCACCAUUGGGGUGCCAGAGCAGCAAACAGUUUUGACUGGGCUGAGCGGGAACUGUGCUUCCGCAGAGGUAGGGGGGCCAGCAGGCCAGAGGUGGAUGAACGUAGUGCCCUCGUUUGGGUGUAGGGACUGAUCAGAGCCUGAAGGUACGGAGGUGCCGUUCCCCUCACAGCUCCGUAGGCAAGCACCAUGGUCUUGUAGCAGAUGCGAGCUUCAACUGGAAGCCAGUGGAGGGUGCGGAGGAGCGGGGUGACAUGAGAGAACAUGGGAAGGUUGAACACCAGACGGGCUGCGGCAUUCUGGAUGAGUUGUAGGGGUUUAAUGGCACAGGCAGGGAGCCCAGCCAACAGCGAGUUGCAGUAAUCCAGACGGGAGAUGACAAGUGCCUGGAUUAGGACCUGUGCCGCUUCCUGUGUAAGGCAGGGUCGUACUCUCCGAAUGUUGUAGAGCAUGAACCUACAGGAUCGGGUCACCGCCUUGAUGUUAGCGGAGAACGACAGGGUGUUGUCCAGGGUCACGCCAAGGCUCUUCGCUCUCUGGGAGGAGGACACAACAGAGUUGUCAACCGUGAUGGCGAGAUCAUGGAACGGGCAGUCCUUCCCAGGGAGGAAGAGCAGCUCCGUCUUGCCGAGGUUCAUCUUGAGGUGGUGAUCCGUCAUCCACACUGAUAUGUCUGCCAGACAUGCAGAGAUGCGAUUCGCCACCUGGUUAUCAGAAGGGGGAAAGGAGAAGAUUAGUUGUGUGUCGUCUGCGUAGCAAUGAUAGGAGAGGCCACUACACAUCUGAUUACAUUUUUUAAAUGCUUGAUACAUUGAUAAUUUGAUUCAACUGUAUAGUGUUAGGAAACAAAUAGAAUAUGCACCCCUUUGGGACCUGGAUGGGGAAACAGAGGUUGGAGAGGCAGACCAGCAGUCCUGGGCUGGGCCGUCGGCCUAUUUUUAGCGCAACUGCGGAUGUCUAGUUAGGGGCCGUCCAUUUGCCAUAUGACAUUUCUCAUCGAUCAUACGGCAAAUGCCGUUGGUGUCCCUUAUGUAGGGAAUGGAACUGAACUGGCAGCUGGAAGGUUGAUGGUUUAAGCCCAGGCCCGGGCAACACAAAUGGGAAUGGAACUGAACUGGCAGCUGGAAGACUGCUGGUCAUUGAUCCCAUGUACUAUCUGCUGCCAUUGUGCCUUUGAGCAAGGCACCUAACCCCCCACAAUUGCUGUCCAUCCAGGGGCUCUGCCCUGCUGCUGACCCUGUCAACUUGUGUGUAUUUGUUGUUGUUGAGAAAGGGAGAAGGCACAUUUUUCAUUCUAACCAAAGGAUUAUAAAGUUGUAUUAAAUUCCUCUUUAGAAAGAGUCAUCCAUGUCUUUAUCCAGCAUAUUGUCCAACUAGAGAGGGAUAGACAGCCAUGACAACACUAGCUGGUUCCUCAUGUAGUCCAGGAACAAUAUGUCUGCCAUCGAGCAUUAUUGUCUGAAAAAAGGACAACACAGACUCUGCACAGGCAUUUGUUUAAAUAUAUCAGCACUAUGUUGAUGGAACACAUUUCACUUUGAUUAUAACCCACAGACCCCAAGAUGACUAUGAAUUGUUAGCCCAGGCAGGAUAUAGUGUAUGAGCGCCAUGCACUAUCUGAUGCCUAGGAUAAUGCCAAAUCAUCCUCUCAGUUACUCGUCCUCAUCAAUAUCAUUUCUUCAAAAUAAGAAUGUAGCCAAGUCCUCUACUUUCUGUAGUUAGUUAGCUAGCUAGGUCCAUUACAUGGUUAACUGGGAAAGCCUCCCCAUCACCUUUCACAGGUCAGAGUGAGAAUUACACAGACAAAGGGGGCAGGGAUGGGGAGCUAGCUACAACUUGUUGACGGUGCUCACUACAAUCAAAACAACACAACUCGCUCCAUACCACAAGAAGUGGCCAAGAUUCAACAAUCAAUAGUUCUAGAUUUUUUUUCAAAAAAGGUAUAUUUAUAGGAAAGAGCUGAUAUGAGAAGGUUGGACAGAUAUUUCUUUACUAAUGCCAUUACUGGUCUUACCGUCAUUACUGGUCUUGAGAAGGGGUUUUAAAGAAAGCAUUCUGGCCCAAGUCAAUCCCUUUGAAUCUUUCUUUUAGAAAUUUGCCCUGUAAAUACAACAUAAAUAUACACAUUGUACCCAAACAUAUACACAUUAAAAUACAAAAAUACAAUAAUGGGAAGCACAAAUGAAACAUCACAAAUCCCCCAGAAAAACAGUUACAUUCCUCCACAAAUACUUCCCCAAUCAAUACAUCAAGAUGAAAUGUAUUUUGAAUUUUGUUCAGCAACAAUAUGGUGCAUUAAAACUAAAAGCAGAUUUACCUAGCUCGGUGGAGUCCCUAGGAACCUCAGGAGUUAACCAAUCCUGUGAACGGGUUAGACAACUCAGGUGUUUAUACUUCAACAGCAAAGUUAGAUAAGACAGAUGUUUAUGAAGUAGGGCCUUGUAAACAAAAAGGGAGUAAUGUAGAGAUCUACGGGUCUUUAGUGAAGUCCAACCAACCUUUUGGUACAGGAUGCAGUGAUGAGUAUCAAACUGUCCCCUGUAACAAAACGAAAGGCACUAUGGUAGAUGGCAUCCAAAGGGUUAUGAGUAGUAGCAGCUGCACUUUGAUAAAUAAUAAUCCAUAAUCAGGAACAGAUCAAAAGGUUGACUGAAUAUUCUGCUUCCUACUGCUUAGAGCAAGGCAUAGAACAACCAAGAGAAAAAAACACCAGAAGAAUUGUUAAGUUGUGCCCAUUUACAAUUAAUAUUUUAUCUCAUGUUUCUCCCUUUCUUCUCUAAUAAACCCUGUGUGUCUCUAUGUCCAGGGGUUCUUCCGCCGGACCAUCCGGUUGAAGCUGGUUUAUGACCACUGUGACCUGCACUGUCGCAUCCACAAGAAGAGCCGCAACAAGUGUCAGUACUGUCGCUUUCAGAAGUGCCUG